AUGAUGCUUCUGAAGUCCGGUGGACAGCCUGACGUCGCUCAGGAAGACGGCGAAACCUGCUUGCACCUGGCAGCUCGCAAUGGCAAUAAGGAGAUAAUGAGGUUGUUGCUCAACGAGAAUGCGAAUCUACAAUUGAUGUCGAAUAGUGGUGAAACACCUCUGCACGUGGCCGCCAAGUGCUGUAACUACGAAGCCGCCCAGAUGAUCGUCACCCACAUGGCACAAACUCUUAGUCCUGAAGAAAUUCGCAAGUAUGUCAACAAGCGGACCAAUGACGGGUUUACAGCGGUUCACUACGCGGCUGAGAUCACUUCUGAACAACUACAUUUCCCCGGGGAGGAUGCCAAACUGAUGAACUUGCUAAUUGACUACGGUGGUCAGGUCGAUCUACAAUCGUUGAGCAGUAACGAGACGGCAAUGCACAUGGCCGCGCGAUCUGGAAACCAAGCAGUUCUCUUGGCCAUGGUGAACAAAAUCGGUGCGGGAACGGUGCAAAUUGUGCAGAACAAGCAGAGCAAGGUGGACUCUUCGAGGCUCACUUAUCUUCUUCUAUCUUAUUCUAGUGCCAUCAAUUACGAUCCUUUACAGAACGGCUGGUCACCACUUUUGGAGGCGUGCUCCAGAGGCCAUACCGGUGUGGCGCAGAUUCUUCUACAACAUCACGCUCGAAUUGAUGUAUUCGACGACAAUGGACGGACUGCUCUACAUCUUGCCGCCCUCAAUGGUCAUCUGCAGCUUGUUCAUCUACUGCUUCAACAUAAAGCCUUCGUUAACAGCAAAUCCAAGACGGGAGAAGCUCCACUACAUCUAGCAGCCCAGAACGGCCAUGUUAGAGUCGUGAACGUAUUGGUACAGGACCAUGGGGCCAGUCUUGAAGCAAUCACUCUUGACAACCAGACAGCAUUGCAUUUUUCCGCCAAAUACGGUCAGCUCGUUGUCAGCCAGACGCUGCUCGCCCUUGGGGCAAAUCCUAAUGCCCGCGACGACAAAGGACAAACACCUCUGCAUUUGGCCGCCGAGAUGAAGCAGAACAAUCGCGGAGUACUUACUGCGAUAGAUCACAAUGGAUUCACAUGUGCACAUAUCGCUGCUAUGAAGGGCUCACUCGCUGUGGUGAAGGAGUUGAUGAUGAUUGACAAGGCCAUGGUGAUUCAGGCAAAAACGAAAACGCUUGAGGUAGGCCUAUUCCACCAAUUAUGA